UGCGCCGCUUCCCGACCAAGCUCCAGUCUCGCCAUCAGCGCUCCGGCCGUCACUUUGUUUUCUCCCAUCUUUUAAGCUUGCGGCUCGAAAGAGAAGCAAAAGGGAAAAUUACCCGUUCCUCGACUUUGCCACCGGACAGUCUCUUUUCUUCUCUUUUGGCCAGUUUCCAUCCUUCUCUCUUUACUUAUAGCUCACUAGCGAAGCUGGCAAGCGAGAGACUGGCAUCUGUGGCCAGAUCUGGUAUGGCGUUGGCCAACUCACCGUCCAGCAGCUCUUUGUGGACAAGCUGAGACCAAACAACAAUCGCAACGUCACAAACAGGACGACAGCCGUGCAUCAUGGGCUGUUGUUUCUCUCGCUCCGCGGGUCCAAACUCGCCUUACCCCGGUGGCGUCCCCGAUGCCUCCUCGCGCGCCGGCAAUCCUCCUCCCUUGACCCUGCCCGAGGGCAUUCUAUCGGGGGGCUCGCAAACCGCUGCCUCGGUGCGCCGUCGCCGCCGCGAUCAGACCCACCGCGAGCAACCCCGUCGCGAACGGCCCCCUCUCGACCAGCACAUCAACCGGCCGCUGCGCAAGCACGAAUGGACGUCCGCACAGCGGCGAUGGACCCGGCGCGAGCUGGCCAAGGAACGCGAGGAGUUCUUCGAAACGAGAGUCGUCUGUAGGCCGGAGAUCUGGCAGACGCUACAUGCCGCAUUGCAGGUGCUGUGGGAGGCGAACCCGGAGGAUUCCCAGGACGAGGACAGUGCGCUGGCCACUGCGCAAACCAUCCUAAACGCCGCCGAGAUCUCGCUGCCCACGGGCGAUCUCGUCAACGGCGCAUACGACUCGCUGGGCAACUUGUAUGCGCUGCCCGAAUACAUAGUAUCUGAUCCGGACAACUUGGCGGAUGACAAUGACCCGGACUUCAAGGGCGAUACGUCUACGGCAGAGGAAGAGACUGCGGGUGAGGAAGAAGACGAUGCCGAUUCCGAAGAGGCCGAGAGAAGACGGGAGGAAAAGGGCAAGGGAGUGCUUGACGAGCGAGAAAUGGUUACUCUGCGCGCACGACUGAGCGAGACGGGCCAGGAUAUCAUAGUCCCGGUCACCAAGACUGACAGCGUUAGGAGCGUUGUCAAGAAGAUUACCGAAGUAUCAGUGGCCCCUUCUGAAAAGAAGAUUCGCCUCGCUUACAUGGGAAAGAUACUCAAAGAGAAUGCGUCUCUCGAGGCCCAGGGAUGGCAAGUCGGCCAUGUCAUCAACGCCCUCGUCUUUAACCGAUGACACUACUUUCACUCUUGAUUGUUUCUAUCCUUCUUUUCUUCCUUCUCGGGUCCAUUUAUACAACAUUUGCCAUUGGCACUCCUUUGGCAUUUACAUCUUUUUUUUUUUUUUUUUUUUUUUUUUUUUUUCUUUUCUUUUUUUUUUUUUUUUCCAUCAUCCCGUUUUUAAUGUUUGGAUAAAUACCCCCUUCAUCUCACUUUUCACGCUACAACUCGGAGUUUUUUCUUUUUUAACGGAAGCAUAUAUCCCUUUGUAUGGUGCUCGCAUUGCAUCUUUAGUACAAGAACAUCUUUUUUUCUACUUCUUCUUUUUUAAUACCCGACAUAAUAAAAGAUUGCCUGUAUAUAGCGUGGCGGGUGGAUAGCUGUUUACCAACUGCGGAACAAGACAAAGAACUGGCUUCUGCUUCGACGUUCAUGCCCCGUCUAUUGGAGAGAAAGCAUAUUACUACUACUAGCUAAUUGCGUUGACAAAAUAUAUAUAAUCAAAACCUAC